AGCCUGUCUGCGUUUUAGUAUUUAAAGGCAACUGAUCAGGACUGUGGCAUCAGAGUUUAGGAGGAGAGACAAAGAAAGAGUUUGUCCUGGGUUAGCUGCAUCUUCUGGCAUUGUACUACGCACAUCUGACAAGAAUGGACUACUCAAAGUUCAUCUUACUUGUUGUUGUCCUUUCCUAUAUUGAGGAAUGUUUGUCUGACAAUUGUGUAGUGGACAGUUUCAAAGUAAAAGGUGACUUCGAUCCAAAAAGGUAUGCAGGUAAAUGGUAUGCCCUGGCAAAGAAGAGUCCGGAUGGGCUGUUCCUUCAGGACAAUAUUUCAGCCGAGUAUACUGUUGAUGAUGAUGGUACAAUGACUGCUUCCUCCAAAGGAAGAGUGAAACUUUUUGGAUUUUGGGUUGUCUGUGCAGAUAUGGCUGCUCAGUAUACAGUUCCUGACCCAACAACUCCAGCCAAGAUGUUUAUGAACUACCAGGGUUUAGCAAGCUACCUCUCCAGUGGAGGAGAUAACUAUUGGGUGAUUGACACAGACUAUGACAACUAUGCUAUUACAUAUGCCUGCCGCAGUGUCAAGGAUGAUGGGACAUGUGAAGAUGGUUAUUCUCUAAUCUUCUCCCGCAAUCCCCGUGGACUCACACCAGCCAUUCAGCGCCUUGUUCGCCAGAAACAAGAGGAAAUCUGUAUGGCUGGCCAGUUUGAGCCAGUGUUGCAGUCUGGGGCCUGCUGAGAUAGUUACUUCAUCACAUACAAAUGGGACACUUUGACAUGCUGGCAUGAGAAGUGGCAAUAUCAGAAUGAAAAAUAUUAAAAUAAUCAUCAAGUACAGAUAAAACUAUAUUUUUUUCCCCAAAGAAUUCAAUGUCAAUUUAGCCACAGUGAAAUAAAAAUUUUGAUUUUUUUAAACAA